AUGACUUUUGUCUUUUGGCCCUUGCUGGUCGCCGUGUGGUGGUGGCCGUGGGCGUGGGCAUGGGCGUGGUCGUGGGAAGGCUGGAAGACAAAAGGAGGGUAUCAUGUUAGUCACAGGGUGGUUCACGCGGGCCAAUUUUUUGUUAUUGUUGUUGUCGUGCUCGUCUGGUCACGACGCACGACGCCGUGCACUCGUCCAACCAAAGGAAAUGACGAAUCGCGACAUGUGCCUUGGUUUCAACGUACCAUUGUGAAAGGGUGUGGAUUCGCUGUUGCGAAAGAGAAGAUGGCGAGAAAUGGCGAGCGAUGGCGAGAGAAGGGAGAGCAAGAAACCACAGCCAGUGCAGUUUUGUCGCCCGACGAAAUAAUGAAGGAAGAGAAAAUGCGACAAUGCGACAAUGCGAAAAUGUGA